UUAAAUAAUGUUUCUUUAAUUGGCUGUUCCAACUGGGUUGGUAGUGUUGCAGCUGUGGCUGGAGUGAGUGAAGCCAGUGACUCCACAGCACCACGUGUGCCCUCCUGCAGCAGCCGUGUCCUCGCAGAUGCAGUCCUGCAAGUGCAGAGGGACACAAUCACAUCCAUCAAUGAAGUUGCCAAGGAGUUGCAGGAAAUCAAAUGUGUCUUGACAGACAUUGCUGCAACACUGAGACAGCAGGUGAACAAAUGAAAAAAAUGUUUUGCCUCUACCUCUUGUGUGUUUCAUAUGUGUUGCAUCACUUCCAGCCGCUAGCGUACAGCAGCAGCAUUUCCUUCAAACACAAGGGGAUGGGGGUCGACAUCAGGGGCAACAUUGAAAUCAGGUGGUGGUACAUUCUCCUUUUGUGCCAUGUUGUGCAACUUAUCGCACGCCCUCACUAUCUUACACACCUUUGCAAGUGUGUGGCUUCCUCCUGUGCCAUCAAGGCACCACCACCUGCCCUUCAGCAUCCCAAUGGCCCACUUGACAACAGCAUGCAUCUGGCUGUGGUGCACAUGUAAUUCUGUUCACCUUCACUCUGUGGGAUUGGAAAAAGGGGUGAGCAGCCACCAUUUGAGGGGGCAUCCACUGUCACCUGUGAGGUUUGAGAAGGGGUUAGGGUCUGCAGUAGAGUGUAACUGCAACAAUUCUGUAUUUUAAAAGGAAUAGCCAAAUUCUUGCCAAGAGGCCAGCCAUCCUGCACAGCUCCAGCCUUAAGAAUAAAUGAAUCAUGGUAGAUCUAGGCCUAUGAGCCACUACAUUUGUGAGCAUCACAUACGUUUUGGACGUUCAUGAAAAUGCUAUCGGUUAAUGCAUUUUCAUUCUCACAUGGGGCCUUGAUUGCAACAUGAGUGCAGUCAAUGGCACCGAUCACAUCGGAGAAACUGGACAUUGCUGCAAAUUGCAUUUUUUGUUUGCCUGUUCACCUACCGAGUAAGGAAAUUGUUUUGACAAACUAAUGAUACCUCCUAACAUGCCUGGCAUAACUCGGCUGAAGGUAGGCUGUGAUAUCCCUGACCUUACAGCCAGUUCCCUCUGGAUGGCACCAGUUGCCAGGAAACCCAGUGUUGUCAGCACUUGCAGAGGGACCUUCUGCUUGGAUUCUUCUGGAGCCUCUCUGUAAUACCAGGCCCAACACAUCGUAGAGGUCCAGGAGCACAGCACAUGACAGCCGGUACCAGCUCAUGAGCCACACAUCAUCAUGAGCCAGUGGAUCUUGCUGGUCUCCAAAGAUCCAAUCCCUCCGGAGUCUCCCUUACACCAUGUCCUCCAGCAGUGCCAGAUAAGCUACUGUGCAUCCUUACGCAUUGUGAGUGCAUGCUUUUGUAUAUCCAACCACAACUUCAUUUUCCGAUCAGCUACAGGUAUUGUAGCCUAAUUAAUCAGUAGUUUUGUGCAAUGAUCAUGUCCUUUUAAUUACAAUUAUUAAUAUAAAACUUUAUUUUUAUGGCACAUUUUGGGAACACAGUGGUUACUGUCCACCUUAUUGUUUAUGUGAAUGGAUUUCAUUAUAACGUGUAAGGAUUGUUUCACAAUGACGGAACAUAAUUGAUUCAAUAAUGUUGGCUAUGUGUGUAGGUGCCUGCGUGCAUGCAUUUGCUCGCGCACUCCCUGGGGCAUCAAUAUACAUUUUCCCCCUUCUUCGUUUUUCCAAAUAUAAUUUAAUUUGUGAUAUUUGUUGUGAAAUGUGUAAUAUUCAAUUAUUUCACACAAAUGUAUCAAUUUCACAUAUCUGUCUUUAAUUUCCUCCUUCUACUGUUGGGGUUGCAGUUUCUCGUUUCUCCAGAUUUUGUGCACACGGCAGGGUCAGAGCUGCCGUAAAGGUACUCACAUUCUCCCAUCAAGAUUGUCUUUUAUAAAUCCCAAACAUUGCUUACAAGUGGCGUACGCUUUCUUUGUGCGUAUGCAACGUUUAUAAAUGAGACCCCUUGUGCUUUCCCACUGGAAAGGACUUCAAUAGCUGCUUUGACUUGUGUCGACAACAUGUCUCCAAUGUCUCCUUUUUCAUUAUCUAUUUAGGUGGGAAGUUAUAUAUCUCUGAAAAAGGUAUUCAUAUCAUCAUUAUUUACAUUACAUUCCAGUUUAUACACAUUUGCAUAAAAUUCUUGAAAAGCCAACUUAAUAUGUUUUUGCUGUUCGACUAAUAAAUCUCUCAUCUUUCACAAGAGAAUUGUUGAAUUUCCAUUUUAUUUGUAAUUUUGUUUUGAGAAAAACAAGGCCUUAGUCGUUUACGAAAAGUGGACUUGGCAACUAUGAGGCGUCCACGUAUAACGUGUCUCUGUUCAUGGAUGCAGAUUUAGGAUGUACACACAUGCGUCCAAAUGGAAAUAAUUCAACGGCUAGGUUUUCAAAAUAAAAGCAACACACUUUUAUAGCAUGUUCAUGUUUUCAUUGACGGACCUCACGAAGGGCCUGGCAGGGACAUUCAAAGGGCUGGAUGUGGCUCUUGGGCCGUAAAAUGCCCAGGUCUGUCUUAGACAGGGCAGUUUCUGGGUUGAUGGUGAUUCUGAAAAUGUAUGAUCAACAGGCCUGAGCAAUGAACAGCUCAGACUCCUCUGACACCAGCCACUGAGCAGGACCGGGCACAGCUCCUCUGAUUAAAACAACAUGGAACUGGAAAAAGCCAAUGCAACCAUUGCCAACCUUAGGGGACCGUGCCUAGACAGCCUGAGGUGGCUCGUCGACACGACCCCGAAAACCCAGCUGCAGACUACACUCAGCAGACACCAACUGGCCCACCGCACGCACGUCUCUUCCCGUUGACUACAGCCAUCAUCAGUGACUCCAUAAUCAAUGGUACCCGCUUUUUCAAUGAAAUCACUUUGCCUUUUCCCGGUGCUACAAUAGCUGACAUCACAGACAAAAUGCCCUCCCUUCUCCGUACACUCCUCUCCUUAGUCCACCGCAUCAUCCUCCAAGUCGGUGUAAACGACACCUCGCGCUAUCAAUGUGACAAAACUAAACACGAUUUCAAAAAACUUUUACUGCCCGUCACCGACUGUGGAAAGUCAAUAUUCAUUAGCGGACCCCUUCCUACUGUCCUCCCCCACGAGCGUUGCACUUGACUCCUAAUGCUGAGCCGCUGGGCUCAGACCUACUGCUGCUUUGUUCAGCUGUGGGUUUUUUUUAAAGUGCUUUACAAAUAAAGUUGAGUUGAGUUGAGUUGCUGUGCUCACAAAAUCCACUUCAUUGACAACUUUCACCCCUUCUGGAACAGACCGGAAUUUUUCAACCACGACGGCAUCCAUCUCAACAACUCUGAAAAAUCAUUGUUUACCUCCCUCAUCCGUAAUUUCGUUCACAGCUCUACAUGACUACAGUUUACAUCUGGUUCUUCUUUCUCACACUCCACUACACCACCAACUCACCAACUCAUGUAUUUGUAUACAAAUACAUGGACCAACCUCGCACAGCAGGGUGGGGGGCAUCGCAGUUAUCUUCAGGAAAAAUAUCAGCGCCACCACCCUCUCGCUCCCCCCCCCGCCCCGCCCCCUCUUUUGAACACAUCGCCCUCAAACUUCCUGGACCAUCACCACUCAUCAUCACUGUCCUCUACCGCCCACCCAAACCCAACCAUCCAUCUAUCACCAUCACCAUCCAUCCUCCUCCUCGGCAACCUCAACCUCCAUCUUGACGACUCCACCUCCCAACCUGCUCAAGAUUUUUUAGACACCCUCAACCACUGCAAUUUCACCCAACACAUUAACUUCCCCACCCACAAGCUUGGCCAUAUCCAUGAUCCACUAACAUAACCAUCUCCAACAUCUCCAGCUACAACCUCCACAUCUCAGACCAUCUUGCAAUCACCUGGACAUUCACAUCCCUCAACCAAGCCGGACUACCUCAAGGACUAUUACAUUUUGCAAACCCCCCUCUACCCAGCACAGUUUGCACUUCAGCUGGUAAACUCCAUCCCCAUCUCCCCUCCCCCUCCUUCUAGCAACACCGGUGACCUCAUCAAGCUGUACAACUCCUUCCUCUCGUCCUGCCUCGGCAAUAUCACACCCAUCCACCAAAGACCUGUCUCCUUCCAUCACCCUGCCCCCUGGUACACCCCCGAACUCAGGGAGAUGAAAAGAAAAAAACACCAACUUGAACACCUCCACAAGAAAACUGGUCUCACUGUCCACCUCCACGCCCUCACCGACUACAUCAACAAAUACAACAACGCCCUAAACACCGCCUGGACCUCCCACUACUCCAACAUCAUUGACCAAUCCCAUAUCCCCACCUCUUCACUCGUCUGCAACCUUGGUAUCCAUCUCGACCCCAACCUCACUUUUGACCAUCAUAUCUUCCAACUUGCCUGCUCCGCUUUCCUUCACCUGAAAAUCUUUGCAAGACUCCGCCCCUUUCUCUCCCCAUCUGCUGUUGAAACCUUAAUACACGCUUUCAUCACCACCAGACUUGACUACUCCAAUAGCCUCUUCUACGGUCUCCCCUUCACCACCCUCAACAAACUUCAACACAUUCAGAACUCAGUCACCAGACUUCUCACCCGCACCCACCCAUAUGACCAUGUCAUCUCGGUCCUCCGUCAACUCCACUGGCUUCCUGUUGCCCACCGAAUUCAAUUCAAGAUCCUCCUCCUCACCUUUAAGUCAUUGCCCAUCGAAUUCAAUUCAAGACCCUCCUCCUACUACUUUUUGAAGGAUUUUCUGCAUCCAGAGAAGCAAUUAUAAUGUUGAGGUUUUUCUUUGGGAAAGGACUCUUAACCCCUAUAGCCCACAGUCUGCUUAGAUAUAUAAUAUCACAAUGUCAAGAGGCUCAACUCAAGAGGAUGCAGUUGUUUUCUGGGUCUUCAUAUUGUAAUCUUGGAUGGAAGAAGCACAAGACAUGAAUGUACAGUUCCAUCCCUGCCGACAUGAACUUAUUUAAUUCUUCCAAUUUUCCACUGAUGUUUGGGCUAUUUAUUCUCACUGACUAAAACUACAUCUCCAGCUUUUGAGCUCCAAGGCUUUCUUCACAGGAGAAGAAUAGUGUGGAGAACGUAGUUCAAGGAGAUACUCUUUCCAUUUUGUCAAAACUGUGUUUAUUAACAGUUCAAUGUUCAAUGCCAGAGAAGAGGCGUUGGUGUCUCUGCAGGUGUAGGUUACCGCCGGUGUCAGAGAAGUGGUGCUCGUCGGAGCUCGACUCCCUCUGGAUCACAAAGGUUCAUUAUCAGUUGGAUUGUUUCAUCAGAAACCAAAAAAGCUCUCUGAAUGGCCCGCUGAUACAUCCACCAAUAAUCCUGCUGUUGAGUGGUUCCAGUCAUUUCCCCCUCCACAAAAGCAGCUUGAAGACUUUAUUUACUUUAUGACUUUAUUCUUGUAAGUUUACAACUUUAUUCUCUUUAUUCUUCAAAAAAUAAAUAAAUAAAUAUUCUCAAUGUGGCCCUAAUACUCCAUUGUAGUUUUGGCAGCUUUCUUAUUUCUCAUGUUUUUGAAUUUGGGAGCAGAGCAGAUCAGUUCUCUUCUAAAAAAUACAACGUUUUGCAGGUGCAGAUUUUAGUGAGAUAAUAUUUGGGAUUUCCUUUAUUUUCUCUGAAGAGGCGCUGCGCCUCCAAGUGAUUCUGACGUCCCAGCCGAAAUGAGCAGCCGUGCAGCGGCACGCAAAGAAUUCUGAGGAUUCCAGGGCCACAAAGUGUGCAUUAAUGCACGCUUAAAAAAGGGGCAGGACAGAGUGGUUUUGGGGCGCAUUUUAAGCGUGUUCAGAAUCGUGAGCCAAAUGGGACACCCUUAUGCAUUCACCUUUAUGCCGCAUGAUGAUGUCACGCACACUUAAAAUCUGCACUUCAGGUGUGUAGACCUUGAAUUGAGACACAGCUCAAUACAUAACACCCAUCCACAACUUGUCCCCUUGUGAUGCCACAAGACAAAGAAAACCUAAAAACCUAAAUCUUGUUCAGCAGGUGAGGUGUGCACGGAAGCCUGUGUAACAUUCUAUACUGUUUUUCUCUGAGUCUGUUGCACAAAAAUGGUUUCUUAGCGGAUUCAAAAGCAUCACACCACUAGCUGUAAUCCAGGUCAACCCUAAGGUCUUUUCCCCAUAAUUCUUUAACUCUAGUAUGCCCAACACUGUCACAAGAAAUAAAUAUUCCUGUAAAAAGGGAAAUACAUCUUUUGUUGAGUGUAGAUAAGUUGAAGUCUAAAAGAAAGUUGCACAAAAUGGCUUCUUAGCAGAUUCAAAAGCAUCAAACCAUUAGCUGUAAUCCAGGUCAACCCUAAGGGGCUCUAUUUUCAUGCCUCGCCGGAGACGUGCCGCAAGCACAGCGUCAGUCAGAUCCGCCGCGCUGACAAGGCGUUCCCAAGCACAUUUUGGUAUUUUGGUGAGCCGCGCAGCCCGGCGUAAGUAUCCCCCCUCCCUAACUCAGCUCCUCCCAGCAGCAUAAGUCGUAGACGGGGAGCAGAGAGGGCGUGGAGUGGGUUUAACACAGCCGAGACCUGUUUUCACCAAUCACAUAAGCUCCUCUCCUUGCCUUUAAAUCUGCCACAGGCGAGGCGUAUUACCAUUUUCAUGAAGUAGUCAAAGAGAUUAAGAGAUGUCUUAAGACAGUAAUGCCACAAGAUGGCAACAGAGGGCAGCUCCUCAACAAGUGUCCUCCACACUCUCUCAUAUGAGCACAGAUGGAUUUGGUGUGUGUAAUGUUGGACCCAGUGGUAAGACAAACACCCUUUUCCACAAAUAAAGACACUCACAUAAAGUUGCUCAUAUUCAAACCUCACGUGACAAAGGUGGGUUGAGCGCACAGAUCACAACAUUAACUCCAAAAAUGGCAUUAAAAUUGGCAUUGUGCUCCGUGGCCUGGCUCUUUCUUUCAUAGAUGUUGGCAUAUAAAAUAAAUUUGGCUCACAAAACUGAAUAUUAUAAUAUCCGUAUAUAGACAAUUUCACGCGCCAAAGUGUAGGGCGGCGCCAUCGUACACAGCGCCACCGGAAGUUGAUGUUUCUCACUUCCUGCCUGUCGUAAACAUAGCAGACAGGAGGAGGAAGCUAGGAGCGUCGCUAUGUCUGUGAAAUGGGAACACAGCAGCUGCACUUUAAGUGGGGGUGGCAUAACGAUCCCGCACCCGGAUUCGUUGCGCGCCUGGGAUGACAAUAUGUCGAUCUGGCCGAGUGUUACCUACAGUAAGAUUUGCGCUUACUUUGUAGAGUCCAUGGCAAUCGAUGGCAAAGCUAUGGAAAACCUCAAAGCCUCCGAAGCGUACCAAUAUCUACACAGCGGCAAAGUCGGAUGUGUACUAGCAUACAAACAUGAUGGCUUUGUUUAUCUGAAAGCAAACGUCGAGCCCAGCCAGUGUUUGAAUAAUUCUCCGCAUAGCGCCUGUGUGCUGCUCAACGAAAAUGGGGAUGUGCAGACCGCUGGUUGUACAUGUGUUGCUGGACCGGGACGAUCAUGUAGUCAUGCGGCUGCGAUUAUGUGGAAGGUAAGCACAAGCUAAACAUUGCGUGUUAAGUAAGAUAAGUAACAAUAGUCUUUUUAGCCUUAAUUGAAAAGAGCUAUCAGUUUGAGAUUUCUGGCUUGAAAUAGCAUAAGGUAAUAGAGUGUAAUAUGUCUAUGGGUGCUGAUAAUACAAAUGGAUUUUAUUUCCAAAGAGCAUUUCUGUAACCUAGUGAACUGUAAAUGAACAGGCUGUGUGUGAUGUAGAAUUAUGGAAAUCUGUGAACUCAUUUUAAUAUGUGUGAUCUGUGUUCUUCAUAUUCUUAUAGGUGGAAAAUGCUGUGAGGCAGGGGAAAACAGGACUUGCUUGCACAGACAGACAGAACAAGUGGAAUGCUGGUUCACAAAGGAAUGCAGGUCAAAGGAAGAUGAAAGAUGUACAAUUCAAACGACACUACAGGCAGAAAAUCUACCAGCCAUCGACAACAAUGCAAUCCUCUACCACAACAUCCUCUACCACUACAAAUUCAAGACAGGAAGCCCGACUCUUUGGGACUCAUGAAGAGUGGAGGAAGCAUGUACUAGCUUCACCAAUGGCAGGACUUUUCACAUGCCUCCUGCAACUCUGCCUUGAUGCGGAUCCCUCUCCCACGACACCACAAUCUCCACCACUCCACAAUUUGUCCCAUGAUGACCACCACACACCACUGUCUUGUCGAAAAUGCAGAACCUUCUAUGAUGACUACGUAAACAUGCCCACAGCCCAGCUGGAGAACAUUGAGAAGCUUACAAAAGCACAAAGCAAAGUACAGGUAUGUUGGAUCAAUAACAUACAAUGGUUUUGUCCUCACAGAUAUAUGAAAAUAUGUUUUGCAUGUGUAAAGAAAUUAAAAAAAAAUUUUUUUUUUCAUCCCUUACAGCUCUGGCAUGAUAUGCGUAGAGUGCGCAUUACAGCAAGCACAGCUAGAAAAGUGCCAAUUCGCUCAACCACCUCACCUGAGAAGUUUUUAUCAGAGCAUCUAUAUCCAACCUUCCAUGGCAAUGCUGCAACACGCCAUGGAGCAGUGAGUGAAGAACACGCAAGGCAAUUUUUAAAUACACAAGGCCAUACCAUUGAAAACAAAGGCCUUGUGGUGUGCCCAGCCGAACCAUGGCUCGCAGCAAGUCCAGACGGAGUGAUGAACAAAGAGAUGCUGCUGGAGAUCAAAUCACCUGUGCUGGGGAAGAAGUCGCUCAGAGAGGCACUGGCUACGAAGAAUGCUGAAGUCACACCCCUAGCCGACGGACAUUACCUCCUUGCCUCCAAUGGUCCUAAAGGCUACUACAUGCAGGUGCAACUGGGCAUGCACUGCACAGGGCUUCCACGUGCAUUGUUGGUGAUCUGGAACAACACUGAACACAUAGAAAUCCAAGUACCUUAUGACAAACACUUCCUUCAGACGCAUAUUACAAGGCUGCGCACAUUCUACUUCACUCACAUGCUUCCUAAAAUCGUUGAUGAUUUUGUCAAGGGGCGCUUACAGUUGUGCAAUACAUAUCUCACUCUUAAAUAAGCAAUGCACACAAACAACUUUCAGGUUGAUUCAACUCUUGUUCUAAGAGCUAAGCUCUUACUGUGACUGAAAUGCUCGAAUUGUGCAAUAUGUUCAUUGUUUAAUACAAUUUGAUUCAACUCUUGUUCUAAGAGCUAAGCUCUUACUGUGAAAUGCUCGAAUUGUGCAAUAUGUUCAUUCUUUACUUCAAUUUGAUUCAACUCUUGUUCUAAGAGCUAAGCUCUUACUGUGAAAUGCUCGAAUUGUGCACUAUGUUCAUUGUUUACUUCAGGUUUAAGCUGUGCAAUGUUAUAUACUGUGUAAUUAGUCAUUGUACCUGUGUUCUUUUUAAGUUUAAUUGCACCAUUGCAUUAUUGCAUUAAAUGGACCACGACCACUUCCACUCAUGUUUUAUUGCUUUAUUAAUUCGUAGUAAGCUGCAAGUAACAUUGACACUCAAAACAAUAUGUAUUAAAUAUUGGAUGCAGGAAAUGUUUUUUAGGUGUUAGAAGAUCAAAUACAAAUUACCAAAUUUUACAAAAUAGUCCAAAUGUCAAAAAAAUAUUCACAAUUGUAUGUAGAAUACAUACAUACAUACAAUUUCUAUUUCCAGAAAAAUAUGCCUGGGCUUUUGUAGACGGGGACACAGUCAUGUUUCACACCUCAUGACUCAUGUGGCAGUCGUAUCAGUGGACCCCUAAGGUUAACAAGGCCAGCGCAGAUGGUUAAAAUCUUAUCCAACCUCGGUGUCAUGGUGAUGGGAAUGGUUUGAGAUAAAAUCCUGAAUACCUUCAACCUUCUAAUGACCCUCUCUACAUGGAUGCGGGCAUUGGCCACCCGCCUGGUGCGUGUCACCUCCUCAUUGGUCAACUGACCACGCCUGUAGGUGAAUGCAGGGAUGUUUAACCGGACCUUUCUCUCAUCGAGCAGGUUUCGAAUGGUGAAUCCCCGGUCCGCCAUUACCUCAUCACCAGCCCUCAGGUAGUCCAGAAACCCACUGUCCAUAGUGAUAAACUUGUCGCUGCUUCUGCCAGCAUAUCCGUCGGAUAUAAACAUGAUGACACCAUUGGGAGCAACAGCAACAAGAUAUUUCACAGUGUUGGUGCUUUUGUAGUGGCUGAAAGUGUCACUUCUGGAGUCAAGGUUUCUAGCCCUCUGAAUUGCACUUUCAGCACAAUCAAUGAUGCAGGUGGUUCGAGGGUAGUUCUUCUUAAAUGACAAGGGCAAGGUUGCAUAAAUGGUCUCUCUUGGAAGCCAGGGGAUCAAGACUUUGAACUGCUCACCCAUAACAUCAAUCCAGUGACCAAUCACUAUGCUUGCCAUGCUUGUGGACACUCUGAAGCGAUGAGCGAUAUCUCCUAAUAAUAGGUUUAGUCUGAGUUUCAUUAAGGUCAUUAGGAUUUGGUCGACAACGGGAAGCUUAACCGAUGGCUCACUGAAGGGAAGCAAUGACGUCACCAAAGCGAAAAACUGUGCCUUACGCACUCCUGUGAACAACAACGACUUGCCAUCAUCAGUGACUGUAGUGCUAGCCACAGUAGGAUAGUUUUCUGCCUCACACUGUGUUGCUUUAUCCUCUUUGUUGAUGGGCAGUUUUGUUGAGAGGUAGUUAUGAUCAGCAAUCGUUGGAUCUUGCCACUGUGUCUGUGCAUCCCGAUAAAUUGGUGUAGCAGGCUCACAUGCAGGCGGGCAGGUUUCAGGGACAUCUGGUGCAGCAGGCUCACAAGUUUCGGUGACAUCUGAACAAGGGAGGAGAGAAAACAUGGAGUAAAAUUAAUGCAACUAUGGAACAUUGCUGUCACUACAGCAUCACAAUUUCAAACACUCAGACAAAGAUACACACACACAACAAACACACUCCCAACAAACACACACACACUAACACACACAGUAUGUAGCUAAUAAAUUGCACUCUGGUUUCUUAUAUUGGGGGCACUGUCUGAUCAAAUAUUACUUCAAUCUGAUCACAAAUAUUUCUGUUAUUCCAGGGUGUAGCCUACCAACUCAUGUUUUACUCUAUGGCAACCUGCAGCGCCCCUAAAACACAGAUAGCAAACUGCUAAACUUGCAAGGCUACAUUGUUUAUGGCAACAAUAUACAGAGCAACUACAGGUUUGUACACAAAACUGUGUUAUGACAAGUUCAAAGUAUUAGUGUUAGCUAAAGACAAGCUGAAGCAAAACUUACCCGAUUGACGACGACUCCUUUUUCUAUGGGGAGAGGAAGGGGUUCGCCUUUCAAAAGAACGUCUCCUCUUCUGGGGAGAGCGAUUGUAACCCAUCCAGAGCUCUGGGAAAGGAUUUUCUUCCGUCGGUUUUUUCUCCACAAAGUGGAAGGAACAGACAAAAACGUUUUUGGGUGGUUUCUUCAGGUUCAACGCCUUCAGCCACAUCCGCGAUUUGUAACCAUCUUUUGGCUUCCUGAAAAAUGAAAACAACGGGUCGCAUGUACAAUUCCGCUUUGUGGCUGGCCUGUGGUCAAAACACUCCCGAUCAAGCCACUCGUUCAGACGCUUUUGUGAAUUUUUGCAUCCAAUAACGGCGCACGUCCUCCCCGAACUACGUUUCUUUGUCGGUAUAUCCAUGUUUGACUUUCUUCUAUCCGUCUGUUGUUCUCUUUAUCGAGUCUGGAAACGCAACUUACGCGAGCUAAGCUACCGGAAGACCAGAACAUCAUUCGGGAGAAUGCGGAAGUAAAAGCGGAAGUGGCGUUUGCCGUUCGCUAAAAAGGUCUAUAGGCUUAAAGUAGAUAACGCAUCUGAGCACUGAAACAAAUCAUUUGUUUAGCCGCAGCAGCAGCAAGACGGACAGAGGACACGGGGAUGUGUCCAGGUCGAGCUGUGUGAGAAAUAAGAGGAAGAGGAAGAAAGAAAAGGAGGGAGACGAAUUACAUAUAUUGUUAACUUCAUCAUGUGUGUCUAUUUACUAGAUUUUUAAUUUAAUUUGAUGCGGUUUCAGCUGUGUUGAUUCGGUCAGGUUGUGUGUCCAAACACGUACCAAACGCCGCCGGUCUACCAAAAUACCACUAGACCAGCUGCGCUCCGCCAUGCGCUGAAACCUGACCAGGUUUGAAUCAGCGAGCUUUCAGCGCACUUUACACGCCGGUGGUGAGCACGAAAAUGUCACUGCGCCUGCUGAUUCUGUCGACACCUCCCCCUGCCACGCCACCACGCCCAGCGUGGCGGAUCUCGGCUCGCCUCCGUGCGGCUCAGUCCACGAAAAUACCAAACUGGCCUUAUGCCGGGCUCCACCAGACGAAAAUACAACUGCGCAGGGCUCGCUGCCCUCCGCCGCCUCACCGGCGCGCACGAAAAAAGAGCCCAAGGUCUUUUUCCCAUAAUUCUUUAACUCCGGUAUGCCGAACACUGUCACAAGAAAUAAAUAUUCCUGUAAAAAGGGAAAUACAUCUUUUGUUGAGUGUAGAUAAGUUGAAGUCUAAAAGAGAGUUUUCAAAUGAAUUUUUAACUGGUUGGGCCAGUAGGAAUAAGCAACUUGACUUCACAAAAUACCUUGCUUGAAGGAAAUCAGGAAAUUAAAUCAGAAAUUAUUGAAUUUCCCUUCGGGGAUA